AUGGCUGCAGUCGUCUCACAAAGGAUCCAAAUCCCAGAUUCAGAAUUAGAUAUGGUACCAGCAGACUAUUGCACGAUAGACCACAGCAAGUAGCAAUUUCUAGCUAUAAAGGCAGAAUAUCCCAGGAGCUGUAAUGUGACCAUUCAGCAUAGCCGUCAGGCCUUGUCCCCCUUAACCUGAUAUUUUGAUGCACAUGUACCUAUAUUGUUUUUCCAUACAUGUCAAUGUUGAAUAUUGCCUUUUGUCAUUGCUAAUGAUUACUGCACCCUUUGUUUAAUUUAGCUUCUUUUUUUGCCAAUUUUUUAGUGUCUAUGGAUGUGCAUACCUGCUAUAUUUGAUAUACAUGGAUAUUGCUUCAAGGUAUACAUAAACUUUGGAAUUGGACAUUGCAACGGAGUAUAGUGACAGUUGUAUAUUACACAGCAGUGAGGAGUUGUCAUUUCUAAUUAUGUAUUUCCUGGGAUAGGGGGCAGUGUUUUUAUUUUGUGUUAUUGAUGACUGUAUUUGUUUAACACUUCAGGGACCUCACUAUCGAGGAUAAGGCAGCUCAGUGUUACCCCUGGGAGUAGGUACAUUUCUUUGAGGUAUUUUUUUCUUAGCAUUUUUUUCAAACAAUAAAUAAACCACAUAACUCUCCACUAUUAGCUCUACAGGUAUCUUCAGUACAAAUACCAUUGGCCUUAACCUCCAAAUAUUUUUUACCUAGAUUUAUCAAAAAUACAAAAUGUUAACCCAUCAAAACGGAGUAUAGAAAAUUGCAUCUAGAUGGAAUGAGUAACAAAUGCAUUGGAACUCAUAAUAAGACUUAAGUAAUGUGUUUUACACUGUACAAGAGCUCUGUUACAGGACCUUCCCGUACGUUAUAUUUUCCAUAAAAACAAAGCCAACAGGGUGUGGCAUAGAAAAGAACUUCUGGAUCUCAAGUGAAACAUCUGGUGGCAUCAUAAUUAGACCCUGUAAUUAAUGCAGCUCGUAGGAACAAUAAUUAAAGGCCUUGUUUUUCUGAGGUUCUUAAAAUGCAGUUUGUUUAGAUGUGUGUUUUUAUUCCAAUGCUCUUGGAAUUUAUGAGGCUUAACGAAAAAGAUGAAACAGGAUGGUGUGACAGAAUGUGCUGGCAUGGAGCAUCUGGAGAUUAAUAAAGAAGCAGACAAAGGGUUAUCUUUUUUACCGAAGUGUGAAUCGUUAGUAACUCAAUGUGAAUUCAAAGCAAAAUUUUUAAUAUUGGGCCAAAAUAUCCAAACUAAAAACACUGACUUCUCCCCCCCUCCUUUCCCCCCAAUUUGCCCAUUUUGUGAGUUUUUGAAAUUUCAUGACAAUUCACACUUUAGUUAAUACCCAUGCCAGAUAUGUUUUUGCAAGGAGUGGGAAAUAUUAACUUUUCUAAAUGACUCCUUGAGGUUAUAUUUUAAAAGCAUGUUUUGCAAAUCUGCAAAUAAUCUCUUGAUCUGGUGCUAGCUUUCUUCAAAUGCCCUUAAUACCUGUAUGGCAUGCCAUUAUUUACUUGACCAAUAGUUAAAUACACACAGCAUGCCUGUGAAGCAGACUUUCCCAACUCUUUGUCCACAGCUUUUUUUUCACAAGGUCAUAGAACCUCUCCAACUCCACAUAUACAAAAUGUAGGUUAAGUUGAGAGCACGGGUAAGGUCUGUUUUUUAUUUUGCGUGUUUCCACCAGCUUAAUAAUUUUAAAUAUGUUUACAUUCUGUACUGACUGGAUAUAAAACUGCUUUCUAUUCAAUAAGUCUGUUUAAUUACCUCCUUAAAUACAAGUGAAAAGGUCACAAUCUGUUAAGUGUUACUCUGCAAAUAAAAAACUUUUUUAUGGUAUAGAUGUAUCAGACAAACUCUCAAUACACCAAUCCCAAACGAAGCAUAAUCACCCUCUAGAAAAUGAGGAAAUUGGAACAUUAAUCUUCUUGACUUCUGGAAUACCUAGAUUUAAUGUCACAAAAAGGUGCCAAAGGUGCCAUUUUGUUCAGGCGUUGCACAAGACAAAAUUAUUUGACGAAAUGUUAACUCCUUCUGGAAAUGUAUGUGCCCUUCUUUUUCUCACCUAUGAACCACUCAUGAAGUGCUUAAUAUCUGAAAUUUAGUUUUUAGGUAAUUUAAGAGCUGCUGUUGACAUUAUGACUGUCUACGUUUAAUAGCGAAUGCAUACAAUAAUGCAAGGAGUAGCCACUUUAGUUUCCUAAAACAGUAGCAUUUGUCAGUCUUAACUGGAAAUACAAAAUGGCCUCUCCUGGUAACUUUGCCAAUUUUAUUCAUUUCAGAAUAUUCAAAAAUGGCUCUAAGCAUAAAGCAUGGGAUAUAAAAUUUUGUAAAUUUCAUCAAAAUAAUGAUGCAAAAACGAAACAAAAAAACGCAUAUUUGUCCCCAAGAUUACAUUUAUGAUUUACUAGCUUUUAAAUAUCACUUAAAGGAACACUCCAAGCACCAUAACAACUAUAGUAUGCUGUAGUGGUCAUGUGCCAGUCAUUUGUCAAACCGUUUUAGGGCACUUUAACAACUUACCUAAGUCCAACAGAGAGCACUCAUUGUCUAUGAGCUCCAGCUGAAUUCUUUCAAGCAAUGAGCACAAUCCUGUAUCAGACCUUCUUAGUUCAGUGAAGACAUUCACAUCUCCUGCAGGAGAAAACCGGAUGCGGUGCGGUCAUCCAGGAGACCUAUGUAAAUUGUCAAACUGUUCUAAAUUAGUUUUACAGGUUACCCUAGGAAGGUACUACUCGCACCAUAAACCACUAGAGGGAUUACGGUGCUUGGAAUGCUCCUUUAACUGUUAGUUAUUUUAUGAAGUAAAACAAAAGAUAUACAGGUUGUGCCAAUAAAUAUAACAGAAUAAGAAAGAGAGCAACUAAUAAAAAAAAAACAAUAAGAAAGCACUAAAAUAGAAAAAGCCCACAAUAUGGUCCAGAAAAAAUGAAAUAAAAAUACCAGAUAAGACAAGACACAGUCCUAAAAAUGCCAAUCCAUCUUCAUACUGUCAAUAAGCUGCUUUAAUGGACAACUUAUCUCAAUAGCAGCAUAUGAAAGAGAGAAGAAGAAAGAAAGGAACAAUAGUGCAAUAUGGUAGUAAACUGUCUAGCAUACAACAUGUAAGUCUAAAAAUGCCAACUCACAUUGUACAGAGCUAUAACCAGCUCUGGAUAAAACAGCAUGCAGUGAUAUUGUAUCCACACUUGCAGAAUAUCCCUCUGGCGGUAAAUCACAGCAGUAAUUAAAAGCUAAAAGGUAUAUGGCUUACAACAAAUAAGGAGGUAGCUAAAAAUAUUUUAUUAACCAAGAAAAAGAUAAAACCGCUACAUGGCAUCAGUAUUUAUUUCCUGAGUUUCCCGAAAACUGCCGUCCAAAGAAUCCUAAGUGGGGGUUACACCACCCACACUUGAUACAUAGAGAAAUUAGUCUGCUCCAUCUACUGUAAGUAUAUUUCUACUUUAUUUGUUUAUGCUUACAUAUAUAGUGAGCACUAUUGGCUGCCUUUUGUCAUUUCACAUCAUCCACCUCAUUACAAUCCUGCUGUGAUCUACUGCCUGAGGGAUAUCCUGCAAAUGGGGUACAAUACCUCUGUAUGCUAUUUUAUCCAGAGCUGGUUAUAGCUCUGUACAAUGUGAGUUGGCAUUUUUAGACUUAUAUAUUGUAUGUUAGACAGUCUACUACCCUAUUGCACUAUUGGUCCUUUCUUGUUUCUGCUCUCUCAUAUGCUGCUAUUGAGCGAAGUUGUCCAUUAAAACACCUCACUAUGAAGAUAGAUUGCUAAUUUUAGGACUGUGUUUUAUCAUCUGGUACUUUUGUUUUUAUUACAUUUUUGUCUGAACUAUAUUGUGAACAUUUCUAUUUUAGUGCUUUUUAUGGUUUGUUCUUACUAUUACUUGCUCUCUUUCUUAUUGUGUUAUAUUUUUUGUCGCAUCCUGUAUAUCUUUUGUUUUACUUUUGAAGUCACUUUAGGGGUCCCUGGGAAUCCCCUUCUAUCAGGCGAGCUGCUUUCCGCACUUUUGUGCUUAGUUGUUCAGCACUGCUCCACCUUUCUUGUUGUUUUGUAUCCUUGGCUAUUUUAUAAAUCCACAGUAAAAACAAGUAAAUAGUUCACUCCUAGCAACCCCACAAGCCCAUGUGCUAAACACACGCAAUGGAAACAGUAACCACUGCUAAACUGAAACUGCUUCUUAGUACAUAUUCUGUAGAUAAAAAUUAGGUCUCAUGUCUUAGAUUAUUACACUAGUGCUCCUAUUAUCUCACUGCAUUUAAAUCUAUAAAGAAGCCUUGGUUUAUUACAAACUAUGGAAAAAUGUGCAUCAAGCAAUACAUUUAAUCCAAGCAUGUAACAAAACCAUUUGCUACAUGAAGCUUGUUACAGGAUAACUCUUGGAUUCAGUGCAGAUUAAUCAUUUAAUAGUAUGUUUGGAUUUCUUGAAAUGUUCCUCCUAGCUGGUAAAACCUUUCAAAACAAUCAACUUUUUAAUAUAUGAAUGCGAAGAGCUUAGUAUUCAGAAUGUUUUCUCUAUUACGAAUCAUGCAUUAGCAAGUCAACCAACCCUAUAAUUGUUCACUUAACGAAGUAUUAGAUUAAAAAAAUAUUUUAAAUAAAUCCAAUAAGAUGAUGACCAUGCUUGCUAAGGCAAACACAAAGCUGAGACGAUCGCUGUUCUUUAUCAGAGAAGAAAUGUCUUGUGUCUACAAUAUUUUUUUUUUAUAUUUUCAGAUGCACACACUAUGUUUUAUUUGGAAAUCUCCAAUAUAUUCCUCAGUGUGCUUGAUGGCAGACUUAGGGAAAUAUGAAAAAAUCCUUCAAAGCUAGUGUUUGACCCAGGAACCCUGGUCAUCCUCUCCAGAUAAUGAUAUGCUACGAUAUUAUUGUUAGGAGAGAGAUAAAUUAAAGCAGAACUCUGACCAAUCUAGGACAGAGUGGUACAUUUAUGUCCUGGGGCUGGCCUGAAAUUACAGGUGGUCAUUCUAACACACAAUUUUCACAUACAGACAAGAGAAACUGCUUCCAUGGUUUUCUCUGUACUCCUCAAGAAAAAGUCGGUGCUCCUGAUUUCAGGGUUGGCAAUUACCCCAAAUCACACAAAUAGAACAAGCAUAGGCAAUCUACGGCACAUGAGCCAUGCACGGCACUUGAGGUGUCGUUGCACGGCACUCAAGGCUGCUAGAGCCGAACAGGCAAAGGUAUUCACUUUGCAAAGGUAUACACAUACGGGGUAUUUUACUCAGGACAUGUUGCUGAGUAGAGUUAAGAAUUUUAUUACAAUGGCACACUUGACAUAAAAAAAGCAUGAAAAAUACAAAGUAUUUGUAAAAAUGUAAAAUACCACAAACUUGGGUACCUCAAUAAAGCUCAAAAUGUCUAAUGUGACAGUUCGCAAGGUGUCCACAUUUGCAAAUUGUAUCCAUUUAUGGAGUGAUUUAAAUAGUUGAACUACUAAAAUGCCCCAAAAUGCACCAUACACCUUCAAUGUGCCAAACUGCAAUGGUAGCUUAUAAAUUCAGCUCUGUAUUUGCACAAAAACCUGACAGGGAUAUACAAAGGGGGCCAUUCUGUAUUCAGGAGAUAUAGCACGUAUCAAAUUUACAAAAUAAACUGCUAAAUUGCAAUGUGCAUAUAAAGAAAAUGUGAACAUAAAAUAAUUCCAUAAACUUUGAAAGAAAUUGGUGCUAAAAUGGCUAUAUAAUAAUAAGGCUCAAAAUAUACCGCAUGACAUACCCUGUGGUGUCUUUCACAAAUGGUAUGCAUUUAUGGGGUAAUUUGAACUGUCAAACUGCUACAAUGUUUCAAAACAGACCCAUUAAAUUUUACUAUGGAAAUUCCUAAAUUCGUGUUGUAAAAACUGAAGUAGUCAGGUCUCUUAUAUGGCUCUGUAACUUCGCAAAUUAGGCAUACAUUGGGGGCGUUUAUUUGUUCAGAAGAGUUUGCGGAACAUAAUUUUGGUUGUAUGAUCACAUUGGCACAUAUCAUAUUUGAGAAAUUACUACUUAAAUUGUAAUGUAUAUGUAAAAAAUGCAAAACAAAGUUUGUUUUUUAAUCACAAAUGUGAGAUCAACUGGUGAAAAAAUAGCAGCACACUAAGGCACAAAAUACAUCAUAUGUGAUACCCUAGAAUGUCUACUUUCUCAAAUGCUAGGCCUUUGUUGAGUAAUUUCAAUCACAGUCAAGUGCUAUAAGACAUAGGCCAAUCAAAUCCUUCUAUAAAUAUUCAAACUGUGACAACAGAAAUGGUCAGGUUUCUUAUGACACUGUAGCUUCAUGCAUUAUUAAUGCCAAAACUGUCUGAAAAUUCAUUCAUUUUUGUGUAUUUGUUUUUUAUAAUGAAUGAGAAAUAUGAAUAUGCAAUAUUGAAUUAAAACUAUUUUUGUCUUCGGUAUAUAAUAUGUGUUGGCUCAAUAAAUGAGACAAAUAUAAAUUGUGGUUAGACAAACAAACAGCAAAAAUUGCUUGUGUCCUUAAGGGAAGAAAAAAAAUAAUAAGCUUCUUCCUUAAAGAGACACUCUAGGCACCCAGACCACUUCAACUAAUUGAAGUAGUCUGGGUGCUGUGACCCUCUUGCACUUAGUGCUGCAAUGUAAAACAUUGCAUUUCCAGAGAAACUAAGUUUUGUUUUCCUGGCCUAUAGGAUCCCUUUAAGGGAUUAAGCUGUUAAGUCAGCAGGUGUUAUGUUGCUUGUAACACAUCAUCACUUUCCAUUUCAGGGACCUUCCAUUAGUGCAUAAUACUGCUUGGGAUGUUCUAUCAUAUUUCCAGUGGUAGCAUUUCCAGGGAGAGGGCCCAUGAGGCAGAGUUGGAGGGUUACAGGUGUACGGUUAAUCCACUUUAUAACAGUGUAGGUGCCAUUAAAUUAGAGUAUUAUAUUCAGUUUUUUCCUUUGUGUGUUUUGUUUCAGUGCAUGCUAGGGAGCUAGUGGCAACUUCCUGGCUUAUGGUGGGGGCUUGUUUCCAUAAGAGGAAUGUUUAGUUUACAAAGAAUGCUAUUCUGGUUUACAUGGUCCAUUCUGUUGGCAAGCGCUCAAUCGGAAUCCACAGGUGGUGUUACAGAUUUGUCCAGUCUCCCUAAUGUUGAGACAUUUGUUGAUACAGCCUAAAGCAGAUUCAUGAGAAUAGGCAGGUCCAUUCUAGGUACCAGUUUUGGAAUUGGCAGUUAGAGUUUGCAGUGAGAUCCCUCAAUCGUCAUCUCUCAUUCAUUUUGGAUUGGGAUGGAGAUGGACACAAUGCUUUCGAGGGAACCUCAAUGAAGUGGGCAAGUGGCACUCUGAGAAAUGUAAACUGUAUAUUAGGACAUGGGUCUGAGUAGAAUAUAACCAGGGUUUUUGGGGCCUUGGGCUGAUGACUCAGAUGCCAGGAUUUUUAUUAAACAGAAACUUCUAAAUGGAGUCAGGAUAACUCCACACAAAUAUGUGGGGAGUCCCUCCUCCAUAAAUGAGAACUUCUAAACGAAUUAAGUAUCCAUAAAUUUGGUUAAAAGCCUUUGGUAUAGACAAAAAAUAAAGCAGGAUGGGACGACAGCCCACUUAAAGUGUGCGGACUCCCACUCCACCAAAAGAAGUUCCUUUAAAAGUAAAAAUUCGUAUAGGUGGUAUAAACCUUUAUUAAAGCCGAAUAUUAGGAUAUUAAAAUAUAAAGAGCCUAACUAGAACAGUAGGUUCUAUGUGAAAAACUAAAACUCAAACAAAUGUGACAUUGUGAAUAAACAGAGUGAUAAUACACCUUUAAAAUUCUGGGUAAAGUAGUCUCAAAGGCCACUUCAAGUAGUAAGAGGAUUUUAAUAGCUAUUAUAAGUAUUCUCAAAUUUGAGUAAUUUAAUAGUUCAGUAAAUCGAUACCUCCAGAGUAUCAAGGUACAAGUAAUUAUUGGCUGUAGUGUGUAGAGGUUGUAAAAAAUUUAAUCAAAACUAAGGAAUAAACUGAAUAUGGUCAGACAGACAAAUCAACAAUAAACAGUAAUAUACACUGUAUCACGUUUAAAUUGAUACCUAACUUCCAGUAAAAUGGAGUCAGUUAGCCACCGCACACUAAUGGAUAUCAUAGUUGUUCUAAUUAGAUAGUGUUGCUAAGUGGACUUUAUACACAGUUUACAAAGUAUAGGUAUUCUUGUCCAUCCCUUAAUUAGACCAUAUUAAUCAAAAGGUUCACUAUGGCGUGGACAUGAUGUACCCAGCUCCAAACAAAGUGAGGAUUGUGGGUUAGAGAGGUUGCCAGAGGGUCUGGAUCCUUGGAUAAUCAUUUGUUCAAAGGUUGCCUGUUCAGGUGGAUUUGUAGCAGGCUACAGAUUGACUUUGUUAUCUAUGCUCAGAAAUCAGUGGCUAGCAAGCGACAUGGGGUGGGAGUGGGUUGGAGCAUUGGGCCAACCUGCUUGAAGAGGUUGCAUCCUGGAAGAGAUAGAGCAUGUAUGAAGUCAUUGUGAUACACCUUUGAAAUGAUGUAGGAACUGUGCAGAUGAGCAAUUUGACAAACAUUAUGGUGGCUGAUGUCCGCUGGCUUCCGUUGUGGUUUCUGGGGACACUGAUUAUGUAGUAGAACAUAAUUUCUAGGUGCAUAUGGUGUUUUAUGAGUUUGCAAAAUAUGCAUUUCAGGGUUAACAGGAAGCUUAACCGAGGCAGUCCUGGAGGCCAGUUAAUAGAUUAAAUGUAUGUGGAUGGGCCUUAAGUGAGAUCGAGUACAAUUGUCAAAUUGUAAGAGAUAUUCAACACAUCCUUGUUUCUAUGUAGUGCUGGAAGGAUUUGCUGUGUUUUUAAUUUAGGUUAAAUUUGUUUUUAAUUUGGAUUAAUUUGCUGAUGUUGGUAGUAAUCCUAGUACUCUUAAGGUGGCAUAAGGGGCAGGAGACUUCUAUGGGACAGUUUGUUCAGAAUAUUUUUCUUUUCUCCCCUGUCCCAUAGUGUUCCUUACCACCCACUCCCCUCUCCUGUCCCAUAGUUAUCUUUAACCCCCCUCCCCUGUCUCAUAGUUAUCUUUAAACCCCGCUCCCCUGUCCCAUAGUGAUUUUUAACCCCCUUUUCCUCUGUAGUGAUUACUAACCCCUCCUCCCCUGUCCCAUAUUGUUCUUUAACCCCUCCUCCCCUUGUCCAAUAGUGUUCUCAUCCCAUAGUGUCCCCCCCUCCCCUUGUCCCAUAGUGCACUUUCCCUCCCGUAGUGUCCCUCCCCGCCACCCUUGUCCCAUAAUUACUUACCUGUCUAGCGUGGGCCGGCUUAACAGCUCGCACCGCGGUACAGGAACUUCAAUUUCAGAUUCUGGUUUCCGGCGGGACUGAAAGGAAGUGUGCACACUGAGUGUGCACUUCCUUUCAGUCCCGCCGGAAACCGGAACCUGAAAUUGAAGUUCCUGUACCGCGGUGCACGCUGUGCUGCUGGCCCACGCUACAAGACAGGUAAGUAAAGCUUCACAUUCACUCCAUAAGACGCACAGACAUUUCCCCUCACUUUUGAGGGGGAAAAAAGUGCAUCUUAUGGAGCGAAAAAUACGGUAACUCUCUCUGCCAUCACAUACAAAUCCCUCUGCCACCUCUUGUCUCAUCUCCCCAGUUUAACCUUUAGAUUGUAAGCGACCAGACAGGGCCCUCUACCUGUUGUAUCGUUCUGUUCUUAUUGUGUUGUCUUUCCCAAUUGUACAGUGCUACAGAAUAUGUUGGCGCUUUAUAAAUGCCAGUAAUAAAUAAAUGUAAAACCUUUAUAAUCAUACGUCGGACUGUCACGUCUCCAUUUAAGGGCAGGUAAUACUUAGCUUCCACUCACCGUGUAAGUCUCGCGAGACCCGCGACCGUCAGAGCGUUGCCACGGUUUACCGUGGCACGCAGACCGCGAGACUUACAUUGUGAGCGGAAGGGAACGGAGGUGAAGGGAGCUGACCGGAGCUGCUACAAAGGUAAGUAACAGCUUGCUGCCUCCCCCUGCACAGUACACACCACUGGACCACCAGGGAAUCAUAUAGCCCCCCAUCCCUGGCCAGGCAGCAAGCAGGGAGGGGGUACAAAAAAAACAUUAAACAAUUACAUUUUAUAAUAUUAAAAUAAAAAAAUAUUAAAAUAAAAAUAAAAUAAUAAUAUUAAAAUAAAAAAAUAUAAAAAAUAAUAAAAAUGCCCUUCCUCCCACCCAGUUUACACACACUACACAAACACACACACACACACAAUCUGCAUUAUAUACACACACACACACACUGCAUUAUAUACACACUGCAUUCAUUACAUACAUACACUGUAUUCAUUAUAUACACACUGCAUUCAUACAAACACACACUGCAUUCAUUAUAUACACACGCUGCAUUCAUACAAACACACACACUGCAUUAUAUACACACACUGCAUUCAUACAAACACACACUCUGCAUUCUAAACACACACUGCAUUCAUUAUAUACACACACAGUGCAUUCACACAAACAUUCUGCAUUCAUUAUAUACAAACACACACACUGCAUUCAUUAUAUACACACACUGCACAAACACACACACACUGCACAAACACACACUGCAUUUAUUAUACACACACACUACACAAACACACACUGCAUUCAUUAUAUACACACUGCACAAACACACACUCUGCAUUUAUUAUAUACACACACUACACAAACACACACACACUGCAUUUAUUAUAUACACACACUGCACAAACACACACUCUGCAUUUAUUAUAUACACACACUACACAAACACACACACACUGCAUUUAUUAUAUACACACACUGCACAAACACACACUCUGCAUUUAUUAUAUACACACUGUAAAUAAAUAUUCAAUUAAUAUAAUUUGGGGGGGAUAUAAUUUUAUUUAGAAAUUUACCAGUAGCUGCUGCAUUUCCCACCCUAGGCUUAUACUCGAGUCAAUAAGUUUUCCCAAUUUUUUGUGGCAAAAUUAGGUGCCUCGGCUUAUAUUCGGGUUGACUUAUACUCAAAUAUAUACGGUAAGUGAUAAUUACAAUUUUCACAUAAACACUGAGGUGUUAAUGUGGUAUAUCCUAAAUAACUUCACAAUUUUUCUGUGAUGUCCUCUACAGGUAAGUAUUAAACUUUAAAUAUUUUUUUGUGACGAAGCAAAGGCAGUUAACACUUCUACAACAAUCCAUGAGAGAUAUGGUUCUAUCGAUAUUUGUUUGCUCAUUGGCAUCUGCGUUGUCUUUCAGUGACUUAGGAGAUGAACGUUUAAAAAUCUGUAUCACAUAGAUUCCAAAGAUCAUAGCAUUUCUGCCAUAUAUUUUGAUGUAGCAAAGGAUUCUUCCUAGGAAAAUUAGCAUGUAAAAUAUUCAAGAGGACUGGGACUCCCAAAAGUGUGUAAGAAGAGACUGGCAGACACCUCUGCUGGUGUCCGCAUACAGAGUAAGGGCUUAGGAAUGAAUGUUUAUUGAUUUGCCUUUAGCACAUCACGUCACUGGAAAGUCUGUAGAAGAUUCCCAUGGGUCGAAUACUGCAUUUGGCUACGCAAGAGAUCAGCUCUCACUGACAUCAUCGGCUGCCAAGCUGAAUGAGAUCUCCUGCGGGGCCCUCUCUCUGCUGAAUAUCUUUGUACUAUAGAAAAUUAAAAGUAACAUGAAAAGGAAUAGGAAAACACUUCGCAUAAGUAUAACCUAUCUUUUACCAGUGCAGAUGGGCAUACAUUUAAUUAGCCACUUACAAUCUACUCACCAAGACUGGACAUGUAGUAAAAGAGUAAAAUGCCCAUAAAACUUAACCCCUUAAGGACCAAACCUCUGGAAUAAAAGGGAAUCAUGACAUGUCACACAUGUCAUGUGUCCUUAAGGGGUUAAAGGUAGACCUACAAUCAGUAAUAUGAUUACAUUCAUCUUGUGGUGUUAACUCCACAUUAACUAUAGACUGCAAUGAUGUUAUGGUGCCACACAGUGGUCACUACAAGCCACACAUUUGGCAGUAUGUUAGAACAAAUUCACAGUCAGGGGAAAUGUUUCCAUAUUUUACAAGGUUACGGGAGAGAGAUCUGGGGAUUACUCUAUCACAUCUAGACAGGGUUAGAUGUUUUAAGUUAAAUAAAAACUGCUCUAUAGCAUAUAAAUAUCAAGAGCUUGGAUACAAAAUUAUCUCUAGAUAGUAUAGGACCCCAGAUAAUAUGCAUAUGUGUUUUCUGGUAAUUUUAAAAUAAUGCUGGCAGUGCUUAAUUUCUGUAGGAGACCUGCCUCAUUUAUGGUGGCUAUGCCUGAAAAUUCAAUCUUUUUGGAAAAAAGUGGAAAAUAUAUUGGUACUAGAUCCCAUGUUUCCAUUAACGACGGAGUUGGUGUUAUUGUGGCACAAUAACACCCGGGAGCUACCAGGUGCUGAGCCUCCUCUAAUGCUGGGUGACGUGCAUCCUGCGCCUGCAAAGUAGGAUGAUGAUCCCACCAGUCAAUGAUUGGCUGAGAGCAUCAGCCAAUGAAUGACAGUGAGUGCAAAUAAUAUGCACAGAAUUGACAUUGACACAGAAUUGACAUUGGCCUCUAGCAGGUAAUCAAAAUAUAUCUGUAUGUGCAAUGACUCCACUGAAGUGGUCAUGGUGCUGGAGUAACUUUUUAUAUUUAAGGUUCAAUUUGCAUUCACUUUGAAUGUCUGACAAUUCUCACUUUAAUAAUGCAUAACCCAGAUAGUUUGCUAAAAAACUUUGUUUCAAAAUGCAGUCUGAACUGAUGUGUGCUCUGCAAAUUCAAUGCCACCAAGCUGUUUCAGAUGUCACCAAUUUCAAUCUCCAUUGAGUUUUCUUUUAAAAAAGGCAAACCCAGAUAUCUGGUUCAGUGCCCUAGACCCUCCUUUUUCAUUGAGGGUCAAAGCACAGUGAUAAGAUCACACUGGUAGUAGGCCAUUCUAUCUGUAAAUCUGCAUCUCCUACAUCAAGAUUCAGAUCUUAAACUAAUAUUAUGAUGAAUCAGUGGAUGCAUAUAUAAAAAUGGCUAUAACAUUUAAUACAGGUACUAUGUGGACUAAGAGCCACUUGAAGCUAUAGUGUUUAUUACAGUGACCAGGGGAUUCUUACUCUACCGAAUCAUACUAAGUGUAUACUAUUUUAUCAUCAUCCAGUAAGCAUGAAAUGAGACAUUCACUUUUGUUUUAAAUGCCACUGGCUAAAUUACAAGAACAUCUUGCAAGUCUUUUUUAACAUUAAAUGAAAAUAGCUUUUUCACUUAAACAUCAUAUUUAUAUAUUAUUAUACUUUUGUUCAGUUUUAGGCCUAUUGUACAUGCAUAUACAUAUAAGUAUGUAAAGGUUUAUAUAGUCCAACGUGCCUUUGUAUAUUUUACUCAGUACCACAUAAUUUAAAGGCAACCUUUGCUCCAUCAGGUUAUAUGGUUGAAUUAAAGGCAUACAAUAGGCUUCAAAACAACUUUAACUUAAUGAAGCAGUUGUGGUGUAUAGAUCAUGCCCCAGCAAUCUUACUGCUUACUUUACUGCCAUUUAGGAGUUAAAUCACUUUUGUUUCUGUUGAUACAGCCCUAGCCACACCUCCCCUGGCUGUGACUGACACAGGAUGCAUAAAAAAGGUUUCAUUUUAAAUCAGAUGUUAACUUGCUUAAGAAGUUUUUAUCACCUGUAAAUUGAACUUUAUUUGCACACAGGAGGCUCUUGCAGGUUCCAGAAGGCUAUUAACAGAGCUGGACAUAAGAAAUGCUAAAUUAAACAGAAUUUGCAACAAAGGAAGUGUAUACAUUAGAUGACUUUACAGGAAGUGUUUAGGAAAGCUGUGUAAGAGUUAACUCCUAAAUGGCAGAUAAUUGAGCAGCAAGACUGCAGGAGUAUGAUAUAUACACAAAAACUGCCUUAUGAAGCUAAAGUUCUCCUUGUGCCUAUGUCACUUUAAGUCCUAGCCGAAACAGGAAUUCAAUCACUUAAAUACAGGUCAUCUUUUUGAAUACCGGCAGGCUCCUUGCAUCUCUGUAUACAAGUCAAUUUCAACGCAGGUUAUGUAGAAUUGAAAAACUGGUCAUAUGACAUUUUUUACAUAGCAUAAUUUUAGCCUGACACAUAUUCAGCAACAUAAUGCACAGGACAGAGUGUUAGUAUUUAUUAUACCACUUUCUUUUCUUGGCAUAUUCACUUCAUAUAUCCACAGAAUACAUGUCACCUUCUGUAUCAUAUUCACGACAUUCCUAAAAAAAAAAAAAAAACACUUCCCAUUUCUAUAUCUUAUCAAUGCUGCCAACUUCCUUAUACUCCUACACUGGAAGAAAGCCCAGUCACCAUAUUAUACGGAAUGAAUGGACAAAGUUGAAGACUUUAACGUCACGACGGAUACUGGUCAGACUGCUAACGACACCGACUAGAAUUACGACAAAAUCAGGUUUCACUGGCUCUUCACACCACAUCAUCUGGAGGUCAGCCUGCUGCAACCAGAGAUACUCUCCAGAACAAUCAUUGGAGGUCAUCUCUUUGCAUUAAAGUUCUACAUCCAUUUACUCUACAGAAAGGUACAGUUGUCUCCCCUCCUGUCCUUUUGUUAGAAUUAAACCUCUGUUACACAUUUUAUAAUUAUCUCUGCAUUGAAUUGCAUACUUUAACAUUUACUUUGUUAAGCACUCGAUUGUAUUUUUUGUUUGUUAAAACUUCUUCAGGUUUAUUUACUAAAGUGAGAUUUUGUUGGAAAUUCAAGUCAGGUUGUAGUUUGACUAUUCCGGUCUAAAGUUCACUUGGCAUUCACUGUGAAUUUUCUGGUAAUUCUCACAUUAGUAAAUAAACCUGAUAGUGUUUCUGAAGGUUCUCUUGCCAUAUUGACACCGUACAGUUGUAAUGGACGUUAUGUUUGUAUUAUACUACAAAAGAUUAAUUAUAUUCAGGUAAACAACCUUUUAUUUGAUUUACGUCACUUUUGUCACAUUAAAUGUGGCCUCACAUUUUGUUCUUUACAUGGUUUAAUUCUUUGAAUUUUUUAACAUAUACUAUGCUGUUAAUGGUAACAUGUCCCCUUAGGCAAGUGGCUCUAAUCUUUUUCUAACUGAGAUUCAGAUUACAUUGGGUUAGAUUGGAGACCCAUGAUUUAAUUCUAAAAGCAGCUUGGAGUCUCAUUCUUUCUUUGUAAUAGGAACAAAACACAAUCGGUGAAAAAUUAUUUUGUUUUUAAGUUAUGUAUGUCUUCCAAAUGUCAAAUGGGUCUGCAUUGCACUUGGGAAUUCAGUGCCGUCAUGUUUAAAGGGAUAAUAUAGACACCCAGACCACUUCAUCUGAAAGUAAGUGGUCUGGGUGCCAUGUAUGUCCCUGUAGUUUUAAGCAUGCAGUUGCAAACAUUGUCAUUCUACAGGAAUAACAAUGUUUACAGUGCAGGGUAAUAGGUCUAUAGUAGCUGACACUCUGACAGCCACUCGAGGUGCUGCAGAAAUAGUUUAAUAAAACUUGGCUAUUUCCAUCAGAUGGUUCCACGUGUGGGCACUAGCCUCCCAUUGCUUUCCUGUUUGAAAGUAUAGGAUUUGCUGAGAUAAUCAAUCUCGAUGUUGUCAGCAAUCGAGGCGGGACCGGCUGCCAAGAAAAGGUAAGGGAACUAAUGUUUUUCAUACACUGCGGGUUUACAUAAAUGGCUACAGGACACAAUAGCGUUAGUGUUCCUUUAAUGCUUAUUGGGUAGAUGCCAGUUUCAUUCAGUGAAGUAACACGUGGGUUAAUUAUGUAGGAAGGCAACCCUUACUUCCAUUUGCUAGUCUUAUUAAUUCAGGUGGCUAAAUAUCCACUAUACAGUCUGUAUAUUUCAUCUAUAUGACAAACAGACAUAUCACGAGAAAAAAAACACCUCAACUAUCCCCUCAUGCUGUUAUUAUACCAUUGAGUUGCAAAACAGCAGAUCCCUCAUUCCAAAGCAACCUAUCGCAUGUCAGUGGGGGGGUAAAAGAGGUUGUCAACCAUCUGGUGUGGACCUUUCACCAAUAACCUCGUAGCACAGUGAGUGGCAGUUACCCAAUCCAGACAGAAACAGUAUACCCUGCACUCGAGUUCCGCAGGAAUGCUCCAGCCUUCCACCAAGGAGGCAGACAAGAGAUAAACAACCAGUAAUUGUCCACACAUAUUUUGUUAGUACUUGUGUGCAUACAGCUAGUAUUUCUGAGGAACAAAAUAGUCAACCAUAGUAUUUCAUCUAUUUUUUAUUUGUUCUAAUACGUGAGUGCAUAUAUUUUUAUAUUAUAUUUCCUCCAAUGAAUGCCAAAGAUAGGAUAAAGGUGUUUGUGCAGCUUACAAAUGUGCACGGGAUAAAGGUACCUGCAGAAAAAAAAACUAAAAUGUGUUUGUUCCCCUUCAUGUUUUAAGGAAAGCCUGUAUGCUACAUGGAAGUUUAUAGUUCUCAGUUUGAUAGUCAUUAAACUAAUUUAUGGCGGUUUAGUGCAUUCAGAAUUCAGGCUUAACCCCUUAAGGACACAUGACAUGUGUGACAUGUCAUGAUUAAAUUUUAUUCCAGAAGUUUGGUCCUUAAAGGGUUAAAUUAAGUCAUAUUUAUGACAAGCAGAGAAUUCAGAAUAUGCCACGUUUGACAUUUGUAAUGCUACCUUUUUGAAAGUCCCCUGUCCAUCCCUAGAAAGAAAAAUAUAAAAUCCUUGUGCUCGCCUUGCAAAGAAUGUCACUUUUUUUUCUGUCCUCUCCUUAAACCUAAUCAGACCAGUGUCAUUUGUUUAUUAACUUUUCUGUAAUAGAGAAUUUGGGGGUCGGUUGGGUGCUAAAGUCCUCACCUCUAAGCUACACUAUUUCUGUGAUGCAUUUUUAGAGUCCCUGGGAUGCCGUUUAGAUGGUAGGUAGUGACUUUAAUGUCAGAAUGAGUUUCAAGAGUUUAGUAGGUGGCAACUUAACACAGUUAAUAAUUACAUGCUGCUUUAUAAUGGAAAUGCAAAAAUAGGACAAUGUGUACAAUUUGUUUCGAGGGUCCUGCCAAACAAGUUUGCAACCUAGAGAGAGAAUGUGUUUGGGAGGGGAGAUAGCUAUGGUAAAUUCAAUUAUUACAUUCUCAGAAAUCCUCAAGGCAUUAUGACAAACAUUCAGUUUGUACAAAAAGGUUAAUCACAACAAAGUACAAAAGAAAAGUGCAUUUAGAAAUAAUAUGGAGUAUAGAAAUCUGACAAAGUGAACUUUUGCUUUAGGCUUUGAGAAGUGGAUAGUAUUGGUAGCAACACCUAUAAAUUAUGUUGUGGAGAGUAAGAUAAUGCUUUUGAGAAAGAAAGAUAGCAGGGAGGGCUUAUCCACAAAAGGUAGAAUGUUCAGUUCUUUAAUGCUUUCUCUGUUUAUAAAUGUGCCAAAAAAACUUAACCCCUUAGUGACCAGACCACUUUUCAAUUUUCUUACCGUUUGGCUGUUUUUACAUUUUUGCUGUAUUUGUGUUUAGCUGUAAUUUUCCUCUUACUCAUUUACUGUACCCAUACAUAUUAUAUAAAGUUGUUCUCGCCAUAAAAUGGUCUUUCUAAAGAUACCAUUAUUUUCAUCAUAUCAUAUAAUUUACUAUAAAAAAAAUUAUAAAAUAUAAUGAAAAUAAAAAAAAACACUUUUUUGAACUUUGACCCCCAAAAACUGUUACACAUAUACAACCGCCAAAAAACACCCAUGCUAAAUAGUUUCUAAAUUUUGUCCUGAUUUUUAAAAUACCCAGUGUUGAUGUGUUCUUAGCUUUUUUGGAAAGUUAUAGGGCAAUAAGUACAAGUAGCACUUUGCUAUUUCCAAACCAGUUUUUUUCAAAAUUAACGCAAGUUACAUUGUAACACUGAUAUUUGUCAGGAAUCCCUGAAUAACCCUACACAUGUAUAUAUUGUUUUAAAACAAGACAACCUAAGGUAUCAACCUAAGGUAUUAACCCCUAUUAAACUUCUGGAAUAAAAUGGAAUCAUGACAUGUCACACAUGUCAUGUGUCCUUAAGGGGUUAAACUUGGGGCAUUUUGACUCUUUUCAUGCAACCAUUUUACCACCAAUCUAUGCCAAAUUUAAAUUAAAAACAAAAAUUGUGAUUUAUUUUUUUUGACACACAUAGCAAUUUAAGAAUACAUGUACUGAGAACUUUAAGGGUUACUGCCAAAGAACACACCAAUAUGUGUUCAACAAUAUCUCCUGAGUACAGUGAUACCCCCCAUGUAUAGGUGUGUUGGGUUCUCUGGCGGAUAAAAUACCUUAUUUGAAAGAGAGCUCAUUCCAGUUUUCCAACUUGGAAUUUUCACAGCUGGUCAGCUGGUCAUCAUGCACCCAUGUCCUAUUUGGGACAUUUUUGAAGCCGGCCAAUGUAAUUUACCCCCAUCAAACCAUAUAUUUUUUAAAAGUAGACACCCUAGGGUAUUUCAAAUGGUGGUAUUUUAACACUUUCUAUGCACUAAUUCUACCACCAGUCUUUGUCAAACUUUUUGGUAGUCGUUUUUUUGUGUUAUUUUUCUCAUGGAUUAGACAUGGAUUCUCUGUUCAUGUUAUGUGUUACUGCCAAAGAACACCCCAAUAUAUGUUCAGCAACAUCUCCUGAGUACAGUGAUACCACCCAUGGAUAGGUGUGUCGGGUUCUUUGGGGGCUAAAAGACUUUAUUUGGAGGGUGCGCAUUCCAGUUUUCCAACUUGGAAUUUUCACAGCUGGUCAUCAUGCACCCAUGUCCUAUUUGGGACAUUUGUGAAGCUGGCCAGUGUAAUUUACCCCAAUCAAGCCAUAUAUUUUUGAAAGGUAGACACCCUAGGGUAUUUCAAAUUGUGGUAUUUUAACACUUUCCAUGCACUAAUUCUACCACCAGUCUUUGUCAAACUUUUGGGUAGUUAUUUUUUGUGUCAUUUUCUCUUACAUGGUAAUUUAGACAUGGAUUCUCAGUUCCUGUUAUGUGUUACUGACAAAGAACACCCCAAUAUAUGUUCCACAACAUCUCCAGAGUACACAAACACAAGAGUGUCCACAGAACCCUAUAUAGGGGGUAACUCUUAGAUGUAUACACAACACUUAAACUGCAAGUGAUCCCUAGCAAAAUAAGCUUUGGGAGCACCAAAAAAAAAGGGGGGGGGGGACCUUUAUUAUAGGGCAUAAAUUCCCCAAAAGAAAAGGAAACUUAAAUUGAAUUUUUUUUAUAAAUGCUGAAUUGCUUUAAAUAGAAUGCUGGGAUCUCCGGCAGUCGCCCCCCACCGACCGUGGUCGCUGCGGAUCGCCGGUCUAGGUAAAUCCAGGGCUCCUAUUUUGUUUGUUUUUGAAUACAGUGUGUUUGUGGAGUGUGUGUGUAUACACAAAAUGCAAAGUGUGUGUGUGUGUUUGUGCAGUGUGUGAAUAGUGAAUGCAGUAUGUUUGUGUAGUGUGUGUAUAUAAUGCAGUGUGUUUGUGUAGUGUGCAUUAUAUAAACACACUACACAAACACUGCAUUAUAUACACACACUGCAUUCACUAUACAGACACUACACAAACACACAUACUGCAUUAUAUAAACACACUACACAAACACACUACAUUAUAUACAGUGUGUUUGUGUAGUGUGUGUAUAUAAUGCAGGGUGUGUGUGUUUCUGUAGGUAUGUCAUUUGGGGGUAGGGGGCAUUUUUUAUUAAAUUUUUUUAAUAUUUAAUUAUUAUUUUUUAGUCCCUUCUCCCUGCUUCUUACUUGGCCAGAGAGGGGGGAUAUAGCAUUCCCUUGUGGUCCGGUGACAUGGACUGUACAGUGGGGGCCCGUGGCAAGCGCUUACUUACCUUCCCAGCACCUCCUUCAGCUCCCUGUGUAAAUCUCAUGGCCUGUAUGCCGCGCGGAGCCUUGCCAUGGUAAUCCAUGGCAACGCUCUGACCGCCGCGGGACUCGCAAGAUUUAAACAGGGGAGCUGCUGGGAAGGUGAGUAAGCCCAGCGGUCCUGGUAUGUAUUAUUGGCAAUAUCGGUAUCUCUAUUGGCCGAUACCGAUUUUGCAGAAAAUACCGAAUAUCGGCCAAUAAUAUCGGCCAGACCGAUAAUCGGUCGAUCCCUAAUAGAUAUAUAUAUAAUUUCAUUCUAAGUUUAUUUUUAUAUAUAUAUAUAUAUAUAUAUAUAUAUAUAUAUAUAUAUAUAUAUAUAUAUAUAUAUUUAUCAAAAUAUACUUAGAAUAAAAUUAUAUAUAUAUAUAUAUCAUUUUUAAAAAAAUGUAAAUGAUUUUUAGUUUUUUUUUUUAUAAUUAUUUCUUUUUUAUAACUAUAUAUAUAUAUAUAUACACAAUAUAUAUAGUUGUUAUAUAUAUAUUAUAUAUAUACACCUGUGUAAUUUUACUCUAAGUGUAUUUUUACAUUAAUAUAUGUAUAUAUUAAUAAAGAAAUACACUUAGGAUGACGUUAUAUAUAAGAUUAUAUAUAUAUAUAUAUAUAUAUAUAUAUAUAUAUAUAUAUAUAUAUAUAUAUUAUAAAUAGAUAUAAUAUAUGUGUGUAUAUAUAUAUAUAUAUAUAUAUAUUUUUUUUUUAAUUUAUUAACUUUAUUUUUAUUUAUUUUUUACUUUUUAAAAACUUUUUUCACCAGCACUGGGACUGCCUGUCAGUUCAGGCAGUCCCCCUGCUGGCAGUACUGUGAACACCUAUUGCAGCCAUGUGACCGCUCUUGAAAUGGCCCCUGUGGGUCCUAAAUUGCAGAGGGGGGACUGUCUCGGCUGAGCCCAGACAGUCCCCCUCGGAAGAAGACUCGUUAAGUACAUGGGAGGGAGGCUAGGGGUUAAUUUUAAAAAAAUUUAAUUAAUUUAAUUUUUUUACUUUUUUAACUUUAACUGAGUGCAUCGACUUCUCGAGGGACUCAGUACAGGCAGAGCAUCGGAAGCCUGCCCAAUAACUUCGGAUGCUCUGCUCUACACUGCCGGGCUCCACAUGCGGCAACCUGGAAGUGAUCAUUCGGGGUGGAGCGAUCACUCGGGUACCCGGCAGUGAGGGGGGUAUUGUCCAGCGCUCAAAUUACCUGAGGACAUAUGAGGUACGUCCGCGGUCCUGAAGGACCAUUUUUUUGUCAGACGUACCUCAUAUGUCCGUUGUAACUAAGGGGUUAAAUAAAAUAUAAUUGCCUUCAUUUCGAAUUGCUGUGUAAUUUUCAAGAAUUUAAUGAAAGUGUCGGUUUGCUCUUCCCAAGAACAUGAUUAACUAGUAAGGAUGUUGUAAUUGUAUUCUAUGAAAUGUUUGCUGUGGUUCCUGAUAAUUUAUAAACUUUGUGUGCAAAAAAAAAAAAAUGGCAUGGAGGUGGAACAGAUGUGGCAGAAAUAUAUUUAUAUAUAUAUAUAUAUAUAUAUAUAUAUAUACACAAAACUGAGAAUGGAAAAAUACAGGUAAUAUUAGGCUUUAAGCAAAAUAAAACCAUAAAGCCCUAAAUGGCCCCUUUACUCUACAAAUGGUCCCAAAUUAAUUAGGUUUUUAAGGGUAUAAUUAGCCUGUUCAUCUCAAUGGUUUUGCCCACUGCAAUCUUGACAUCUACUACUAAGGAAAUUCAAGGACUGGUUCCUGUAGUUUGUGAUUUUGAUUGCCUAGUAGUUUCGGAGAUUAUUUUCGGCCCUGGGAAUGUCAUGCAAAUUGGGUUGGACAAGAUAUGUUGGCAAAUCCUAUAUUUUAAAGCCUGAGAGUUUUAGAAUUGGGACAAGCCCACCAUUGUACAAAUAUGUACCAAUAUUGCGAUAGUUUCUAAAAGCUGUUACAUCGAUAAAUGUGAUACAACUUUUUGGGGGGUUAAAUCACCAGUGGAACAUUUUACUUUGACAAUCUUUGCAUUUUCAUAAUGUUUUUUUCCCCAACAGAACAGGAAAGAUGUCUUAACCCCUUAAGGACAGUGGGCAUGUCCUGCAAAAGGUGGGCUUUUAGCACUCCCUACCAAUCGCUCCCCUGCUGCGGCCAAUCCUGCCCAUCCGUGUCAUGUGAUCGUGAUGACACUGUUUGGCAGAAGUGUGGGUUCACUUAAUAUGAAAGAUAUAAAUUAUGUUUGAACAGACAUAUAGAUCAAAUUCUAUGUUGUAUUUUUGUCAGAAAUUGAACAAUUGCCUCAGUCUGUCCUUAAGGGGUUUAAGCAGUUAGUUUCCUUUUGAGCAUUUGAUAAGCACAGGAUAUUUAUUGCACAGGGAGUGGAAAGUGAUAGGCAGCAGUGCUGGUGUCCACUGUGUUCUUAACUGUAAAAUUAUGAGGGCGCUCUGAGUUCACUUUUAAUUAAAAUAAUGAAUUGCAUGGCUAAAUUUAGUUCAUGAAUCAAUGUAUCUUUUCAAGUAAUUUAAUAAUAAUUUAAUUUAAUAGUAAUUUUUUCCAAAGGAUGGACUAAUAUUGAAAAAUGUGGUCUAAGUUGCACAAAUCUGUUCAAUAACUCCUUAGUCCUAAAUGCAUGAACCAUUGAGGGUUGGAGAGGGUAAGAUAGAUAUCAUCAUCGUAAGCAGUUACCUAGUAGAACAAGCCCUACAUCCUCCUAUCUCCUACUGCUUUUAGCCAAAUCUUGUUUAUGUGAAGGCCACAUUCUAAGUACUCUUGCUGCUAAUGGCUGGUGAUAUCAGACCCAGAGCCCUUCCUCCCUCUUUUUAACAGAUAUUUUAUAAAUACUUAGCCUGUUGCUCAUCUUUCCUUAGUUUUAAAAGAUGUCUAAAUACAUACAUCAUCUAAAUACAGACUCUAUUAGGACAAAGGAGUAGGCAAUUUUCCGGCUCUGAACUAGAACCUUUACAUGAGAUCCGGUCCUGAUAUUGUAAGACUCUUGUUGUUAAGAAUAAUGUUAAGGAACUUCUGAAAUUUUGCACAAACACCUCAGAUUCACAUCUUUCGUGAGAGGACUGCUACUAAUACUUCUGUGUUUGGCAAAUCUACUCUGUUUUACUUUUGUUUUGUAAGAGUGCUGCAAAUGGAAGGGCAGAGUUCAGCGUCUGAAGCAGACAGACACACUAUCUAUGAGCUCCGAAGUUACUCGCUAUUUAAAGCAAUUUUCCACCGUCUUUCUGCUCGAACCAGAGUGACAGUGCGGUUCUGGUUGACAUGGGUCGGAAGACCAAGAAGCAGAAGCCUCAUAAACCCAGAUUGGGAAUGAAUAUUGGAGUUCUUCUCCCACAGUCACAAGGCACGACUGGGCCUAAUAUGGCCACCUGUACUGAUGAAUGCUUUGACUCCUAUGAGGAGUUCCCUCUUGAUAUGGAGAACGUGGCCCUGCCAGCUCGCCUGCAAUCCCACGGAGUGCAGAGUCCAUGACAGUGACAAUAGCUACCAUGAAAGAAAUGUUAGAGGAUCUCCAAAAAAACAUCAGGGCUGAUGUCACCACACUCCGCACUGAGCUUAAGGGCCUCAUCGGAUGAGUGUGCCACCUGAAAACUGCAUCUAAAAGCCAAGACCAAAAAAUAACCUCACUUGAAAGUGUGGUUUAUACACUGCAACAACAACAUUAUUCAUUUUGACGCUUCGCUACCAUAGAAGACACGAGGUGAUGCAAGAACUCAAAAGAUUCGGGGAAUCUCUGAAGAUGUACCCACAACAGAGCUCCCACAUCUAUUGAGAUGUCUACUUGUAGCAAUACUGCAACCUAAACAGGCCAAAUCCAUCAUGCAUGACAGCUAUUUCUGGAUCCCCAGACCACUAAAGGCACCAGAGGCAGUACCAAGAGACUUGGUGGUCCGCUUUCAGACCCACCGGGACAAAACUACCGUCCAAGUCACACUUACAGGAACUUCUCCUUAUGUUUUCGAGAACAUAGAGCUAACCUUUUAUGCUGACCUCUCUGGCUGCACAUUAAUGUAGCAGAGAUCCCUCUGCCCUUUCACAUCACUGCUUAGGAACCAUAAUAUUUGCUACAGAUAGAGCCCAACCCGCACUCUUCUGGUCCAACAGGGCGAUGCUUCCAGGUCCGGACUGGGGAUACAAAGCAGCCCUGUAAAAAAAAUCUAUGCCAGCCCCAUAAGUCACUGCGCCAUAUAUUGUCGCGUGUAAUAUGUAAGGCUAUGUCUUGCCAGGACAGAUGAUUGAGUAAUAUAUAUAUAUAUAUAUAUAUAUAUAUAUAUAUAUAUAUAUAUUGAUUUUUCUAAUAUAAAAUAUUGGUCCUUUCAGAGUAAAACGUUUAAUUAUACAGUAAGUAUACUCACAUGCAGACACAGACAAUCUCACUGACACACACAAGCUCAUUGAUACACAGCCUCAUAGACAAUCAAUCACACUGAUAUACAUAAGCUCAUUGACAUAAAAACACAAGCUCACUCGCUAGCAGGCUCACACACACAUACACACAUGCAAGCAAGCUCACUCACUAGCAGACGCGCGCACACACACACACACACACACACACACAGCUUAAUGUAGUGGUUCUGGUGUCUAUAGCCUGUCCCUGCCGGCUUUUCAAUGUAAACACUGACUUUUCAGAGAAAGGCAGUGUUUACAUUGUUUCCUAGUGACACCUCUAGUGACAGACACUCAGGCGGUCACUAGAGCCGCUUCCUGUGUCAGUGCAGAUUGGCUGAGAUGAUCAAGCUUGAUGAUCUCAGUCAUAGAGGCAGGGCCAGUUGGGGGAAGACCAGUACGACGUUGGGAAAAAAAAAGGUGAGUAAAAACACUAUUUUUAAAAACACACACAUACACCAUGACAGACACACACACACACCCCAUGACACAUACAUAUACCAUGACAGACACACACACACACAACCCAUGACAGACACACGCAUACCAUGAAAGACAGACACACACCAUGACACACACAUAUACCAUGACAGACACACCAUGACACAAACCAAGACACAGACAGACACACCCACCAUGACACAGACAGACACACACACCAUGAUACAGACAUAACAUGACACAGACACACUAUGACACAGACACACACACACCGUGACACAGACAUAAACACAUUACAUGACACAGAUAGACACACACACACACCAUGACACAGACACACACUCACACACCAUGACACAGACAGACACACACACACACACACCCACCAUGACACACACAGACUCACACACACCAUGAUACAGACACACCGUGACACAGACACACACAUAACGUGACACAGACAGACACACACUCACACACCAUGACACAGACAGACAGACAGACACACACACCAUGACACAGACAGACACACACACACACCAUGACACAGACAGACACACACACCAUGACAGACACACACACAUACACUCCCACUAACAGACUGUCAUACAUACUUGUUGCUACCUGUGUAGGUGGGCAGACUGAUAGGUGUGCUGGCGGCUGCAGGGAGAGCUUGGAUGGCGGCCGCAGGGGGAGCUGUUCUGGCAGCCGCAGGGGAGCUAGCUGUUCUGUCUCCUGCUCCCUAGCACGCAGCUUAAUGAGACCAGGGCCGGAAUAUGACGUCAUAUUCCGGCCCCGGUCUAAUUAAGUAGCGCGCGAGGGCGGGGGAGCAGAGACAGAACAGCCAGCUCCCCUGCGGCCGCCAUCCAAGCUCUCCCUGCGGCCGCAGGUCACCCAAAUGUCUACCCGGCCAGGGUGCCGACGGCCCACCUGGAAGUUUCCCGGUAUGGACGCUUCCCACCCAGUAUAAGCAUCUAAACCAACCCACAAAUGGGACCCUGCGAACAUUACUCCAUUUCAGCCUCGACUGGCCUCCUCUGAUUAUAGAUAGCUUGUGCUAGUUGCUUUUCUUUAUUAUGUAUUUGUUUACCAGAUCAUACACUGUUUCGUACCUUAAUUUCAGAUGAGUUGGUUUAAUGUCCAACACUCCCCCACGCUUCACGACCCACUACACAUAGAUGAUACGACUGGACCCAGCAGGAUCGCUGCUUCUGAUGCCAGGCCUUCGGACAUGUCCAGAGGAAGUGCCCGAUGGAUGCCAACCGCAGCAAACCAAUCCGGCCGAGACCGCCAGCCCCGCGAGCUCAAGCCCACUGCCUGGAUUCCUCCACUGAAUGGGAGGGACCAGGGACCGAAGAAUCAUGGGUUACUCUGCAUGAGGCAGAUCCGGUCCAAGCUGCAUCUGCAAGCUGCAUCUGUUGCCAGCAUCACUGCCAAUUUUUGAUGGUAAACGGGCAAACUGCCCAGGGCCUCAGGGGCACCAAGGCUACCCUGACUCUCAUUCAACGACAUUUGGCUGGAGACGCAGAAAAUCUGCGGAAGUCAGUGACCGUACGAGUAGCCGGAGGCACCAUCCACCGGUUACCCACUGCCCAAGUGCAUCUCGAUUGGGGAGCUGGAGCCUGCCACGUGGAAGUAGCUAUUAUGAGAGAUAAGCCUGCUGAAGUCCUACUAGGAAAUUAUCUUGGACCCCUGACGUCAGCCUUUGAUUGACAUAGGUCACUGUUACAGGUUUUAAAAGAUCCACAUCCAGUCCAUAAUCAAUAGAUACACAGAAAACGGGCAAUACUUAAACAUUUAAAGGAAGAUCUUCUCUCUUCCUUCUCCUUCCCUUUCCCCUUUUAAUUGCCUUGCUUUUUAAUAACCCAUGUAUAGGUAUAUUGAUAAAGCUAGUCUUUUAAAUAUUUUUUUGCAGUUUUUCUUUUUUACACACACAUAUAUAUAUAUAUAUAUAUAUAUAGUUAAGUUAUUUAAUUUUUGUCAGGAUAUAUUGUUUAUGUCUAUAUCUAUUUUUUUAGCAAGAAUUAUUGAUUUUUAAGGAUUAUUACUUAAGUGUAUAGUUUUUAAGAAAAUAAAUGUUUGAAAAUAAGUGCACAAAUUCGUUUUUUUUCUCUGUUUUUAUCCUAAUAUUUGUCUUUUACUAUUUUGCCCUCUCUUACAAUAUGAACUAUGGACUUUUGCCCCCUUCCAAAAUGGCACCCGUUGGAUCAGACGUUUGUGUUUGACCAGUUUUUUUGUUGGGAGAUAGGGGGAGUGAGCUCCCCCUCACAAGUGUGUCGGACUUGUUGCAACACUGGAGAAUGUCCGCCGGUACAGCCAGGGGAGGCGGCAAGGAAAUAAACAGAGGAUCCGGAAGUCGGAAGGCAUGUUGGAAGAAGCUGAAUUUUUCAUCCAGGAACCGGAUCAUAUUUGGCGAUGGGCAGGGCCAAGUUAAGAGCACAGUGGGCCUGGUGCUGACAAUUAAGAUGGGCCUAAUUACAAAAUCUUAUCGACCAAAAGCACUAAAACAGUCCCAAGUAUCUGAUGGAGAUGGUGAUGGAGCAAAACUCAUAGGAUGCAGCUAUACCCUAUACUAAUCUCACACUUUCAUCUUUCAAGUAAAUCUAUACCCACUAACAGCAGUGUCCAGUGAAGCAGGAAGUUUAUGGACAGGGUAAAAGGGUGGGCCACUGAUGCAAAUCACAUAACCAGAACUGACAAAAGGGGCUAACAUACCCAAAAAAGGGGCAUAUCUGUGUCCCCAUGUCUCCCAGUGUCCCCAUGUCACUAGGACACUAGAGGAUAUUGAGAGACAUUGGGACAAUGGGAGAUAUAGGGACACUGGGUGACUUUGAGACACGAAGGGACACUGGGAGACACGGGGCACUGAGACACUGUGAUACAUAGGGGACACUGUGAUAUAUAGGGGACACUGAAGACUUGAUAAAGACCUGGGUACAAGUCAAAAUGUUGUGGGGUCCAAUAAACCUGCUUAAAUCUAUCACAGUGAGUGACUCAGAUUGUUUUCUUUUAUACUAGGGGACACAGACACGUGGGGGCACUGUGAUACAUGGGGAGACUACGGGACAAUGAGACACUAAGGACACCGAGACACUACAGACACAGAGACACCAGGGACACUGGGAGACAUGGGGCAUCGAGAUACUAGGGACACUGGCAGGGAGACAUGGGGACACUGGGAGUUGAAAUGUUGCGGUGUCCAAUAAACCUGCUGAAAUCUAUCACAAUGAGUGCCUGAGUUUUUACCCUUUAUACUAGGGGACACUGAGACACUGGGAGACACUAGGGAUACUGGCACACUACGGACACUGAGAGACACCAGGGAAGACAUGGGGACACUGAGUGCCCCAUGUGUCUCCCCAGUCUCAAAAUUGUCCAGUGUCCUCAUAUCUCUCAGUGUCACCUAGUGUCUCAGUAUCCGCAUAUCACCCAGUGUCCCCUAGUGUUUGUAUCCCCAUGUCUCCCAGUGUCCCUUAGAGUCUUUGUCCCCAUGUCUCCCAGUGUCCCUUAGAGUCUCUGUCCCCAUGUCACAAGGACACACUUAGAGACAUUGGGACACUGUGAGACAUGGAGACACUGAGGGACACUGGGAGAGACAUGGAGACACUGAGAUACAUGGGGACACAGAGACUAGGGGACUCUGCUAGACUAGGUACAGAGACAUCAGGGACACUGGGAGACAUGGGGACACAGAGACACCAAGGACACAUGGGGACACUGGCUGGGAGACAUGGGGACACUGAUAGACUAGGAGCCACUGGGAGACAUGGGGCCACUGUGUCCCUAGUGUCUCAGGGUCCCCAUGUUCUCCAGUGUCUCAGUGUCCACAUGUCUCCAAGUGUCCCUAUGUCUCCCAGUUUCCCCUAGUGUCUCAGUGCCCCCUAGUGUCUCAGUGCCCCCAUGUGUCCCCUACAGCCUUUCUCCCAUCCCUCACUUACUUCAGCUGUUGGCUGUCUCUGCAGGCUCAGAGCUGCUGUCUGGACUCUGUGCAGAGCUGCUCCCCUGCGGAUCAGUGAGUAGAGAGAGGCAGGGAGGGAGAUGCUGUAACUUCCUUACCUCUCUCCACACACACACAGCGACCCCUACUGGCCGGUGCUGGUAUUGCAUACUGAGACUGACAUUUGUGUUGCCGGUAUUACUGCAAUACCGGCACCGGCUAGGCAGUCUCAAAUACUUGACUAAUGCUUCUGAGAAAUACCUGGCAACCUUAAGAAAUACCUGAGAAAUACCUGGCAAUGGGCCUAAUGGGCAACAGCUCCAUCAGCCCCUAUGUGAAUUCGGCCCUGGCGAUGGGAGUGUUCUUUGUUAGAUUGCAUGCGUGUGUUAGCAAAUAAUGAAUAUGUUUGUAAGGUAUAUAAAGAUAUUUGUGACAGUUGUAUGUAUACCUGCACCUGAGGAAGACCCAGCCCGGGUUGAAACUCGUUGUGCUUAUACUUUUAUUUGUUUAUGUAUGAUACUAAUUAAUAAAUAUUUACUUACUUGCCAAUUUUGGGAGUUUCUCACUCAAGCAUCACUGCAUCUUUGGGACUUCUACCUCUGGAGAAAUGAAUACUGUGUCCUUGGGGAGACAUACAUGCCAUAUAGGUUCAGAGCCAACUUCUAAUGGGCUCUAAAAAGUGUGAGUGUUCUGAUUUCUAGCACCUAUUUAUAUGCUGUUUGUACAGUAUGGUAAUGAAGCUUGGAUCACGCAUGUAACAUCUAAGUCACACUUAAAAGCAUAUAUACAAAAACAUGUAACGUAAAAGGAAGGCACCCCCUAGAGGUAUCCUUAUGUGGACAAUAAAUGAAGAGACAGACAAUCCUAUUAAGGACAAGAGCAGUAACAACUUUGUAGUACUCUUUAUAUAAUACUUUUACACAUGUAUGUGGAAAAAUAUUCCUCAUGACAAGACAACUCCUUAAGCAGUAGUGAUAGUGUAAAAUCCACAUUUAAAUCAAUACUAUAUGUACCGUAGUGAAACUUGGGAUGGCAGUUGCUGACAUAUAAACAGUACUGUGCAAUUAGUAAUGAGACUAGAGUUAAAUGGAAUAAGAUUUUUUUUUCAUCAAAUUUCACAGGAACUUAUAUUGUUCCUAGUUAUUGUGGUUACGCUGGAAAGGUGUUUUGGGUUAUAGGGUGUGUAAAUCAUCUGUCCACCAGCUAUAGUACAAUAAAUAACUAUACUGGCAAAUAGAGAAAUUGUGUGAGGAAUAGAAGGUCUCCAGUGUAUGGGACUCUAUCUUUGAUAAAUAUAGCAGAGAGGUAGGCAUAAUGACUAUAAAAUAUAUGAGCAUGUCUCUCUUCCAAAUAACACUUAAAGGACCACUAUAGGCACCCAGACCACUUCAGCUUAACGAGGUGGUCUGGGUGCCUGGUCCAUCUAGGGUUAACCCCUUUUUUUCUAUAAACAUAGUUUCAGAGAAACUGCUAUGUUUAUAUUAGGGUUAAUCCAGCCUCUAGUGGCUGUCUCAUUGACAGCCGCUAGAGGGCUUCCGCGCUUCUCACUGUGAAAAUCACAUUGAGAAGAUGCCAGCGUCCACAGGAAAGCAUUGUGAAUGCUUUCCUAUGGACUGGCUGAAUGCACGCACGGCUCCUGCCGCGCAUGCGCAUUCAGCCGAAGAGGAGGAGAAGAGGAGGAGAGCUCCCCGCCCGGCGCUGGAGAAAGAGGUAAGUUAAAACCCCUUCAGCUCCAUCCAGCCUGGUGGGAGGGGAACCCUGAGGGUGGGGGCACCCUCAGGGCACUAUAGUGCCAGGAAAAUGAGUAUAUUUUCCUGGCACUAUAGUGGUCCUUUAAGCUGUACUUUAUGUGUUGGGGCAGUCUUUUGGAUAACACUUGUGAACUGUUAUACGUUAAGUAGUGAUCCUUGUAUAUGAUGUCAUAGCAACAUGGAAAGUGGGAUAAUGUUGAAGAAUAGACCUCAUAUAUUUACAGAGAUGGAAAAGAAUUAGGUUGUAACUGUCAAGGAUGUAUUAUAGCAAUGUUGGGGAGGUUUUAUAUUAUGAAUUUAUUAUUCACCACAAUGGGAAAAAAAAACACAAGCCUUAACUGUCAAGGAUGUAUUUUAUUGAUAAAACGAAGCAUUUAACUGGUCAGUAUAUUAAUAUUGACUUAGGAUAGAGGUUUUAAAAGAAAAUACACAGUACACAUUAUAAACUCAUUCAAUCAAUAAUCAAUAGAUACACAGUAAUGGAGCAAUACUUAAACAUUUAAAGGAAGAUAUUCUCCUUGUUCCUUCAUCUUGGAGCAGUUUCGCUGUCUCAGAAUCCCUUGUACCCCCCAGAAAGUGGUUCAUCCAAUCCCUUUUUGAAGAGAGUUCCAACAAACCUGUGUAACCCAAUUAUAAAUGAGACAGCCUAUGGCAAAACUGCAAUCCUCUUUAGUAAAUAAAGACUGUAAAGGCUUGUUCCCAAAAACUAAAGAAGUCAUAUAUGCUCUUCUGAUAUGCAAAUGACCUUCCAUUGUGAAACUAGAUAGCUUACGCUAUAUAGACAUAGACAUAUGCCUAUAUAUUAAAUAGAAAAUAACAAUUUAAAGGCACACUACAUUUCUUAUACUUGUACAAUAAACAUUUAAUAUCUUUUUCUUGUGUUGAGUUAUAGUAUGUCAUAUAUUAGGUGUUUUACACAUUUUCUUGUAGUCAAGGUCGAGAAAAAAGGGUGGGUUUAUGUGAAACAAUGCCUGAAACAUUUAACAGCUUAUCAUUAGCAGCCUCCCGUGUUUAUUUUUAAUAUCUCUGAUGAGAUGAUAACCAGAGAGACAAUGUAUGGUAACUUUGGUAGCAGCUGAAUGAGAUGACAGUUGCAUCUACUAAACCUGUUUGUAUGGCCGGCUUAUGUUUCAAGAACCUCUCUUGCAUUUUCUGGGUUGUGUCCCCACAUAAAUCAACCCACACAGACAUUUUGGCAUGUAGACUUCGUAUUCCGUGAUAUAUAUUCUGUGAUACAUAUUAACACUGUAUCUUUUAUCAUUGUAAGAAUGGCAAAAGUAUUCUCCAUGCAUCAUUGCGUUGCAUGUCAAACAGUUUAGACAUGGAUGGUCUUUUUACUUAAUUAUACAGGUUACUAAAUGAUCAAUGAAUAGAUAAAUAUGUAGCUAACAAACCCGCAUAGAAAAAAAAAUGGUAAAUUGAUCACUCUCUUUCAAAUGAAUAGGAAACAUAUUAGCUCUGAUGCAUGGAAAUAGGACCUAAAUCAUAUCCAACACCUUAUUGUUUCCAUGCUGUUUAAUAACUGGUUGGCGCUCAGAACAAUCAGUCCGUUGGUCCGUUUUGAGUUAUGCAUAUCUUCUUUAUUCUUAUGGUUUAUUUCUUUAUAGGUUAAUUUUGGUGUCUGUGAGUCACAAACUAAGGAAGCAACACGAAUUGAGACGAAACACAUAUUUGUGAAUACAGCUUGUUUUUGUUAUUUUAUUAAAUAUUUUACAUUUGUAUUAUAAUUGUACUAAGGUUUACAGCAUUAUGUUUUCUCUCUUUCUUCUUGAUUUUACUGCUGACGCUAUAUGCUUGAAGACAACCCUUGUACAUGAUUGUACUUUUUUUGUAUUAAUUAAUCCAAUUAUAUUGGAAACAAUGAAUGCUUAACAUAUGUCGAUUUGACUAUAUACAGGAGAUGACAUCUUUUACAUGAGCUUUAUUUGCCGCCUCGCAAAGAAAGGGUCUAUUAAUUGCAUUGUUCAUAAAAUAAAUUCAUGUUUGAGGCUCUAGCACUCAAAUUUCUGCCUGAUAAACUUCCUGCGAGGUCACCCCGCACCGGAUGCAUUUGUGUAAUUAGUGCUGAUGAAUUAUUCUUGGAUUUCCUAUACCCCAGACGGAUAUUGGGUCUAUCUACAAUUGGUUUGACACCACUGUAUCCUCUGACAGGUUGCGGCCUCAUGUGGAGGAAGCGACCAAUCCCUCUGACUGGAACUGCAUAGGCCAGGGGUAGGCAACCUUUUGGCAGCACUGUGCCGAUAUAGGAUUGUGAUGUCCCGUAGCGUGCCGGUCCUAUUUUUUUAAAUUGAGGUGUGUAUGCUGCCGUAUUCUGCUUGUGUUAUUUAUACUGUAAUUGCUUUGUAUUGUUGUAUUUGUGCGUAUAUGAGCUAUUAUAUUGUAUAUGUUUACAAGUAGUUUGUGAUGUUGUGUAUGAUACCUAUGAAUGUGUGCUGUGUAUGGGGGCUGCUUGUGGAAUUGUGUAGUGGGAUAUUUCACAUUGUGUGUUUGGUAGUGUGUGUAUGUGUGGGGGCUGUUUGGGGUAUUGCAUGUGAGAUUGUGUGCAUGUAUGUGGAUUGUUAGCGGGUUAUGUUUGUGCAGAUUGUGUUUUGUGUUUGUGUGUGGGCUGUUUGUGUUAUUUGUAUGAGUGGAGGCUUAUUCUGCAUUUCUGUGUAUAUCUAGCAGUGUGAGUGGCUUCCCUGGGUUCCAGUGGGGACCAGGCUGGCCAGGUACAGGACAGGAGCUGCAACAGCAGCUGCAGGCUGCUCUACUACAGUGUGGAUUCCCAUUCACAAGUGCUGGGAGGAAGUGAUCUGAAAUCACUUACUCUUUGUGCUGCAAUGCAUAAAUUGAGGAUUGUCCUUCACCACCUUUUCGUAUUAACAGAUAUCUGAAGUUUCAAUGGGACUCCUGAUAGGCCAGAGCCUGCUUGGCUCUAGCAGCCUUGAGUGCCGUGCAAAGACACCUCGAGUGCCGUGCAUGGCACUAGUGCCGUAGGUUGCCUACCCCUGGCAUAGGCUUUUCUGCUAUCCUUAGAGCCCCUGAUUAUAGGGAAAGGAGCAUGUAGCUGUGGGAGCUGGAUGGCAGCGGCAAAACAUUGACUCCAAGGAGGUUCCUUACAAUUAUUCUAUACUCCUGCUUGGACUUUGCCUGUUUGCUAAAGGCAUUAGUUGAGUGGACUGCAGUUAUGGGGUGACCUGUCCCAGCUGUGAUUCUCAGUUAUUGCCUCAGAGAUCUAAGCCUUUAUUUCUCCACUGCAUUAUUAUGUUUUUCCUCUACUCCCUUCAUAAUGCUCCUUUGCCUACUUUAUUUGUCUAAGCUGUCACCUUGAGCCAAGUUGUAAUGCUUUUGGUGGUUGUCUUCUCCCUAAUACAUUCUUUCACGGGCAGAGCCAGUACCAGCUCAACAAAACCCUUGCCACUCAGAAUCUCCUCAUAGAGAUUUAUUUAUUCAUAAAAAAAUUUACCAGGAAAGAUAUGCAUUGAACCAUUGCAUUUCUAUGAGGAUAAUUCAGUGUCUCCAUGCAGAGGGUGGAGACACUAAAUGUAAGUACGGUACACGUUGCAGCACUCCCCCAGGAAGUACCUCUAGCAGCCAUUUGAGGAGUGACCACUGGAGGUAUCUCUAGGCUGUAAUGUAAACACUUAAUCUUCUCUGAAAAGACAGUGUUUACUGCAAAAAGCCUGCAAGCACUGAUUAUACUCACCAGAACAACUACAGUAAAGUGUCCCUUUAAUUUGUAGGUAGAACUUGUCGCCAUAUGAAUAUAUUCAAAAAAUAAAUUUAAAAGUCAAACAACCUUUCUUUAAGUCAGGGUAUCCUUUAAUAGAUGUGCUCCACACUGGGCUGGGAUUCAUUCCAAGUCUCCACUGCCACUUCUGCGUAUUUCUGAAAAUGACUCAGCUUGCACUAGCAGUUUUCUGAAGUCCCAGUGCAACUCCUGAUAGGCCGGAUCCUGUUUGGCUCUGGCAGCCUUGAGUGCCGUGCAAAGGCACCUCUAUGGUCAUGCAUGGCACACGUGCCAUAAGUUAUUGAGCGAAUGGUGUAUAACUGAUACAUCACAAGCUACCAGAACCAUAUCCUCUUUCCAUUCAAAAUCUUUUAGGAGUCUCGGUAUACUUCUAUUGUCCUUUAGGUAAGAUCUGCUUUUCACGGGACGUGAGACAAAAUCAUCAUGUUAUUCAUGUUUAUUGUUUACCAUUAGAUGUUCUUCUGUUAACAAUUUGCUACACGUUUUCAUUUUUUCCAAACACCUUUAUAGCAAUGGACAGAAAUACAGUCGAACUUGAGCUGAAGGACACAUGUCAAGAAUCAUCCACACCAUUGGAAGGCUAUGGGAAACUACAGAGAUUCCUUAAGGGAGGAGAAUAUUACAUGUUUAAGCAUUCCACAAUGUUUGAGUGCACGUUUGUGCAGGUAAUGCUUCUAUUUCUAAAGGUUUUUUGUUUUUUUUAAUUUGUGUUUAAAAAAAUAUUCAAAUAAUCUAUAAUUACUAUGGUAAAUAACACAUUUUAAGUCAUGUAUAAUGAAUGCAUCUCCUUGCUUAAUAGUGUAGAUCAGGGGUUAAUUUCUUCCUGUGGAACCCAUUGACAUAGUGUAUCAACACCUUGAAACCCCCACAAACCCCCAAGGUUAAAGAAAAAAAAAUUCAUUUUUUUGUAUGUGCCGGUGUGUCAAGAUGUGUGUAUCUGUGUUUGUAUUUGCCAGUGUGUGUAUCUGUUUGUCAAUGCAUAUCUGUGUGUGUGUGUGUAUCUGACACACAGAUACACACACACACUGGCACAUAGUGGUACACAGAUACACACACUGACACACAGAUACACACACCUUGACACACAGUGUUUAUCUGUGUGUGUCAAAGUGUGUAUCUGUGUUUGUAUGUGCCGGUGUGUGUCUGUGUAUCAAGGUGUGUGUAUCUGUGUUUGGAUGUGCCAGUGUGUGUAUCUGUGUGUCAGUGUGUAUGAAUCUGACACACAGAUACACACACCCCUAUACACCUAUUAACCCUUAAUAGGCUGCAUAUGAGAUGCACUGUAACAUGUUUGUGUAAUACAAAAACAUAUACAAGCAUACUACAUUAGGCCCUGCACUCAAACUCCCAUCACCCCUGAGCUGCAGCAAUGACCAUAGCACACUUCCACCCCAAUACAUGGAAUAAAGUCCCAAAAAGUUAUCUGAGCAGGGUUUCAGCACAGGACCUAAUUUUGUAUGGUGCAAGCUAUUUAACAUCUCCCUGUUCGAGUUAUUGAUCAAGAGUCAGAUUUCCAAGUUCUAUUGUAAACGAACGAGUAUGAUGGCAUUUCGUAUUAAAUAUGCUGUCCCAUACGUUACCUUUUCUUCCCUCUAUUUUUUUUUUUAAUUAUAUGUGUAUCCAUCAUGCAAAAAUGUAUCCGUACAUUAAGUACAGUUAGUUGGCUCAUGGUUUAGACUCCAGUGAUUUUCAAUAAAAGUCAUUAUUGUUUUGAAAAAUAUUACUCUUUUUUUUCAGGUUUUGGAAAAUGGUUGUGGUGUAAGCAUUUCAUGCCCUACACCUGUACUCAUCCUGGGUAUUGCUUCUAUUGAUCCAACUCUCCCAGCUGAAGUUCUUUUCAUAGCAGAACUAUUAGUUAAUGAAGAUCCGAUUUGUGCAAAACUUGAACCUAUGAAGUUGACUAGGUACUAUUUGGUUUAUGUCAAAUGAACGGUACUUAAAGUAUGUAGGUGCUCUCUAUAGUGACUACAAAUACGGCAGCAGCAAACCAGCAGGGAUUCCCAAUACCUGCUAAUAGUCAGAAAAAGUGCAAGAAACAGAAGUGGAAUACCACGCCAAUAAAAUAUAAAAAGUAUAUACAUACAAGAUUGUUCAACACUAUAAUGAUUGGAUGUCAACCUUAUAGAGAAAAGACAUAAAAUAUGGACAAUAAUAGUGCAAUAUGUCAAAUAAAAUAAUAUAUUCUAAUAUGCAAUAUACGGAAAGCUGGUAGAAGGACUAACUCACACUUUCCAGAGCUACUAAGAUCUCUGCUGUAUAGCGCCUGGACGGUAUAAUCCCUGUCUUAGGAUAUGAGAUCAAUGAUGAGGCGUCACUUUUAAGUCUCCACAGUAGUACAUAAAACAGAAAACAGAUAAAAUCCAAUAGUGCAGUAUAUCUGGUGAGUAAUGUAUGGUAGAGAAGGUAAGUAUCUUACUUACAAUUUCCAGAGCAAUGAACUUGCUCUGGUGAUGACAGCUUGAGGUGGUAUAAUCCCCACCUGAGGAUUUAGGAAGGGUCCAAGGUGCACCAGGAACAGAAGAUAUAUGAGGGAGCAGAGUAUAAAUAAAACUAUAAAUUUAUUAUAAAAUAGUACAAAAUAUAUAAUAUAUAACAAUAAUAUAAUCAAUAAUAAGUCUUUGGCUCCAACUUAACGCGUUUCGCCCUAAACAGGGCUUCCUCAGAAGUUUACCGAUCGGCAAAAUUUACCGAUCGGUCAGGUCGAAGAAAACAAAAAAGGUAGAACCGAGCGAUGUUAGAAAAAGAUAUAGCCGAAGAUGAAAAGAAAGGGAUUUUUAAUUUAUCAGGCAAAUCUUUGACAAACAUUCAACUAAAAAUAUUAAAUAAAGGAUUGAAGUAUGUGCCUACGAAAACAUUUAAUCCCUUUUUGGCAUAUAUUGAUGUUAACAAAUUCGUACGCAAUGCCACUCUUAAAAGAUUUUACAUGGGCAAAAGUAAUACUGCCAAUAAGGAAAUUGCAAAUGAUGUAGAAAGUCAUGCUUAUGUAAAAAGUUUAAAAAAAAAUAAAUCUAAGUUUUACCCAGCACACUGUAAAUCGAGUGCAAUAGACAUGUUCGAGAAAAAGGUGUCUAAAAGUAUUAGAGACCUAAAUAUAAGAAAUAAAGGUGAUAUAAAUAAUUUAACAAGAAAAGAGAGAGAAGGUCUAAAAGAAUUACAACAAGAUGAAACUAUUGUUAUUAAACCUGCGGAUAAGGGAGGAGGUCUAGUAAUUUUAUCAGCAGAAAUGUACGAAGAAGAAGCACUUAGGCAACUAAGUGAUAGUUCAACAUAUAUGAAGUUAUUAAAAGACCCUACCCCGGAAGUGAAAAUUCUGUUGAAAGCUUUCCUAGACCAACGGAAGGAAAAAAAUAUUAGAUAUUGAUGAAUACAAUUAUCUUUAUAAGAGAUUUCCAAAGAUACCUGUGAUAUAUUUUCUACCCAAAAUUCAUAAAUGUCUUGAGAAACCCCCUGGGAGACCUAUCGUCUCCGGUAUAGAUUCCGUCUUGUCUAAUGUAUCGGAAUACAUAGACAUAUUACUACAGCCGUAUGUUAAAUUAAGUCAAUCAUAUCUUAAAGAUACAAUAGAUCUUUUGAAUAAAUUAGAGCACAUUGAUUGGAAAGAUGAUUAUAUACUAAUUACUUGUGAUGUCCAAUCAUUAUAUACUAUAAUUCAACAUAAUAAAGGCUGCGGUGCUGUAAGAAGAAUUUUAGAAAGACAUAAUAAGAUGAAACUAGAACAAAUAGAUUUUAUUAUUGAGGGUAUUUUUCUCAUUCUUAAUAACAACUACUUCUGGUUUAAGGACUCUUUUUAUUUACAGAAGAAUGGGACAGCUAUGGGGACCAGGUUCGCACCCAGCAAUGCCAAUCUCUUUAUGACGGAAUGGGAGGAGAGAAUGGUGUGGAGUGGACAUGGCUGGGUGGAGAACCUGGUUGCCUAUUUUCGAUAUAUAGAUGACCUUUUAUUGGUUUGGAAAGGCCCCCUUCUUACGGCUAAUCACUUCAUAGAAUUUUUAAACAAAAAUGAUGAUGGUAUUAUUUUAAAAGCAGAUUUUAGUUAUACUAAUGUUACCUUUUUAGAUUUAGAUAUUUAUAUUAAAGACAAAAGAAUUCAUACAAAAACACAUUUUAAAGAAGUACAUGUGAAUAAUUUUAUUACAAUAGACAGCUGUCAUAAUAAGAGUUGGCUUAGUAGUAUCCCUAAAAGCCAAUUACUUAGAUUAAAAAGAAAUUGUUCAGAAAACACCAUCUUUGAAAUUCAGGCUAAUGAAAUGAAAGGGAAAUUUAUUGAAAAAGGCUAUAAUGGGAGUAUAAUAGAAGAAACUAUAAAAGAAGUAACAAAGAUAGACAGAAAGAAUUUGAUAAACAAGACAGCUCUAAAUAAAAAUAAAGAUAAAAAGGAUUUUGCGUUACCUUUAGUUCUGGACUAUAAUAAUAAGAAUAAACAACUGCAGAAAAUAAUCAGAAACAAUUGGCAUUUACUAAAAGAAGACACAAUUCUAGGGAAAAUUAUCCCCGACCGCCCAAAAAUAGUAUUUAGAGGUGCCCCGAAUUUAAAGAUGCAACUCACAAAAAAUUAUACAAAACAAAAAAACUCGAAAGCUGUAGAUAAUUUUCUAAACAAUAAGAAAGGAUUUUUUAGAUGUAAUUGCUGUGUAGCAUGUAAGAAAACUCAGAAGACCAAUAAACAUACGUCUAAAUUUAAAUCAUAUAAUACUAACAAAGAAUAUGAAAUUAAAGAGACGAUUACAUGUAUGAGCAAAAAUGUAAUUUAUUUGUUGGAAUGUCCAUGUGGACUACAGUAUAUAGGAAGAACCAUUAGACCCCUUAAAAUUAGAAUUGGAGAACAUUGUAGAAACAUUGAGAAAGGAUUUAAAAAUCACUUGGUAUCUUCCCACUUUGAACAGCACAAUAAAGAUCCACGUCUGUUGAAAUUUGUGGGCAUCACGAGAUUAUCCCAACAUUGGAGAGGGGGCGAUAUUAUUAAAAAAUUGGGAAAAAAACAAAUGGAGUGGGUAUAUUUUUUAGAUACCCUGCACCCUAACGGCCUAAAUGCCGAAUUCGAUCUUUUUAAUUUUUUAUAAUUUAUUAUUUUUUUAUAAAUUGUAUAUUAUAUACAUUCUUUUUUUUUUAACUUAUCCAGUUUUCUAUUAGUGAGUUUAAUAUUUUUCAUUACCAUCUUCUUAUUAUGCUGUCUAGAAUUCCCCCUCUCCUAUGUUUAUAAACAUAAUUUUACACAUUGCUGGGUUGUAUGAAUUAAUACCACAAAGGUUCACUUGUCUUUCUUUUAUCUUAUUUAUUUUACUUCACUGUAUAUUAUUUUAUGAAGCUUUGUAUUAAUUAUGUAUGUACCUUUUAUACUUUGUAUUUCCUCUAUAUGUGUAUAUGUUAUAAAAUUAUGUGUAAAUUUAAUACUUUGCGCUGUUUGAAAGAUCGAUUGUUAUGAGUAACUACUUCUUACUACAUUUCCCAGUCACCACCAGCAGUUGCGUUACGUCACUUCCGGGUGACGUCCGCAACUUCCGGCGUCAAUACCAAUGAAGAUACUACAAUACCCAGCAGUCCCGGCGAGUCGCGUUGCGUCAUUUCCGGUCGACGCACGCGACAGCGCCGGAAACCGGAAGAGUGCACACACCGGAACAGAAUGAGUGAAUCGGUGAACCCUAUAUAACAAGGACUGAAUUUGCGGUCGCCCUGUGUAGGGCGAAACGCGUUAAGUUGGAGCCAGAGACUUAUUAUUGAUUAUAUUAUUGUUAUAUAUUAUAUAUUUUGUACUAUUUUAUAAUAAAUUUAUAGUUUUAUUUAUACUCUGCUCCCUCAUAUAUCUUCUGUUCCUGGUGCACCUUGGACCCUUCCUAAAUCCUCAGGUGGGGAUUAUACCACCUCAAGCUGUCAUCACCAGAGCAAGUUCAUUGCUCUGGAAAUUGUAAGUAAGAUACUUACCUUCUCUACCAUACAUUACUCACCAGAUAUACUGCACUAUUGGAUUUUAUCUGUUUUCUGUUUUAUGUACUACUGUGGAGACUUAGAAGCGACGCCUCAUCAUUGAUCUCAUAUCCUAAGACGGGGAUUAUACCGUCCAGGCGCUAUACAGCAGAGCUCUUAGUAGCUCUGGAAAGUGUGAGUUAGUCCUUCUACCAGCUUUCCGUAUAUUGCAUAUUAGAAUAUAUUAUUUUAUUUGACAUAUUGCACUAUUAUUGUCCAUAUUUUAUGUCUUUUCUCUAUAAGGCUGACAUCCAAUCAUUAUAGUGUUGAACAAUCUUGUAUGUAUAUACUUUUUAUAUUUUAUUGGCGCGGUAUUCCACUUCUGUUUCUUGCACUCCAGUAAAUAAGCAUAAGCAUGUCUUGUGAACAAACCCCACUGCGGAGUAUUUAGGUUACAGUAAACUCCAGUAAAUAAGCAUAAGCAUUUACUGUAUUUACUUGCUAGUGUUAAGCAUUUCCUAAAAUGCUGAUCAACAAUAUUAGCAGUAGACAUGUUUGUGAACUACAAUGGGCAUAUCCAUUAAUGCCUAUCCAGCCUUCUGGAACUCAUAGCACAAAUCAAGCAAAGGUGCAGAAUCUAUCACAGAAUUCUCUUAAUCUUUUACAAAAUACUCCACAAUCAUCAAAAGUAGCUUGAUUUAAAAAAAACUUACUGAACAAAACCAAACGCAGGGCAAUAUGUAAAUUUAUUGGUGUUUCCAAAGACAUUGAUUUUAUUUUAAUAAAAAUUGGCUUUUAUAAAUUAACUUUGUUACACCCCCCUGGUUGUCAAUCAGACAUCCAGUUCUGUUACUUCCUGGUUGUUUAACUCAAUAGAGCUCAUCUCAAAAAGUAGCAAUUGCCCAGAGCACCUGCCUUGCAGAAACUUCUCAAUGAGCUGGAAAGUCUGUGACUGGACAGCGACAAAGGAUUUAUGCUUGGGAAGUAGGUGUUUGCUUGCAAAUGAUUCAGACAAAAAAAAUUACAGCUUUUUUUUUAAAUCAUGCUUAAAUUAAUAAAAUGUGUAAUUAAAUGCAUGCAUGUUUUCAUUGGUGGUAUCUAAACUUAAUUUUUUAUUUGGGUAGUGGAGGGUCCCUUUAAUGUUGCCUGGUUAUCAUGAGUAAAAUGUCUGUCCUAGGCAUUGUGGAAGUUUGUGGUGUAAAUGUUCAGACAUUCUUUACUUUAGGUUAUAUCCAUUAACACUGGUUAGCAUUACGGUAAUCGAUGCAGAAAGUGGAAGGCUAAAGAUAACUUUUGUUACCGGGUCAUCAUAUUACUUGGAGCCGUAUGAUAACGAGAGCAGAGAAGCUGUGCAGUUUAAGACCUUCCUCAUAGACUGGUUGAAGACCAAGAAGAAAAAACAUUUGGUAUGUAUAUUUGAUUAUCGUCUCUCUAAGAUGAACUGUUCUAAAAUCAUCAAUCUGAUAUUAUGCAUUUAUAUCAUCCUAGACAAGUACAAUUUUCAUAAAUCUUUACUUUAAAGGGUUACUCAAAGUAUCAGAACUACAACAGCCAAUGUAGUGGUUAUGCUGCCAGGAGUACUGUGGCUCAGUUCUCCAGUAAUGGUGUAAACUGUUGAGUAAAAGUUUCUCCUCUUACCUUGGUCCCCACCGGCCUCCUGGUCUCCUCUCAACACUGGUGAUGUGCUUCCGGCUUCUGAAGAGCUACCGAAGCCGGAAGCCGAUCCAGUCACCAUUCAUUGGUUGAGAGCAUCAACUGACCAUUCUCAGCCAAUGAAUGCAAUUUUAUUUAUGCAAAUUAUACAAAUUAACAUUAACCAGCCCGGAACUCUUGCGUUGGACUUGCUAACGAUGCCCCAAUGACACUGCCAGAACUGGAGAUAAAAUUCUGGCAGCAGAAUUAUUUUACAUUUUAAAAUUUUAAUUUCAAAUUGUAGGUAAAAAUAAGAUUUUUAACAAAUUUCCAUCUUGGCUAUUGUUGCUUAAAUGUGCAAUUUAGUUAUGUUAUGACAGAUUUUGUUUAUUGAAUAAACACCUCUUUUGUUUGCAGAGUAUUGUUUUAUGGUUAUAGGGUAUUUUGCUCUCAGCAGUCAGCCUAGGUUUCCAGAAUAUUAAAUUUUGGCAGAUUUCCAUCUAUAAAAUUGAGUAAUUCUACAAAAUGUCAGGUUGGUUCUAAUCUCUUAUAAUUUUGCACAAAGCUGUCUUAAAAGCACUGUGUUAGACUUUAACAGUAUGUUUCAAAGGUGCAAGAACAAGGCUUGUUCUGUUUAUGCCAUACAUAAAUCCAUAAAUGGAUUAAAACCAGUCAAGGUUAAAAAUGCUGACUGUAAAAUAUCUUAGAGAGCUUCUCAUUUAAGUAAUUUUUUCUCAGGAUUUUGUGUGAAAACCAUUCUUACAGUUUGAGCCAUUAAUACAGCGCUACAGAAUCUGAUGGCGCUAUAUAAAUAAUAAAAUAAUAAUAAUUAAUUUUGGUUCAUAUGCCUGUUAUGGUUGGGGUGCAUUGAUGCGUAGAAGGUAUCUUCUUAAAAAAAAAUUAACAUUUGCUUUUUUAUAAUUGCAAUUUAGGAGGAAACACCUAUAAUUAGUUUUCAGAAUAAAGUGAAUGAGAACGAACAUGACGAAAACAGGUAA